AAGGUAUGGGUUCAGUCUGCAGAGAUUAGACAGAAUUGUCUCUUCAAAGAACCAACUUCUGAUCGGCAGCUUGUAUUAUUUUCACUGACCAAAGAAAACUUGGAGCAUUCUUCCUUUUGAGAUGAAAAUGGCUGAGAAACAGAUUAGUUUGCCUGCUAAACUCAUCAAUGGAGGAGCUGCUGGGAUCAUAGGUGUUACUUGUGUAUUUCCAAUUGAUUUGGUUAAAACUAGGCUACAGAAUCAAAGAAGUGGACAGCAAGUCUACAAAAGCAUGUUGGAUUGUCUAAUGAAAACUUUACGUUCAGAAGGCUAUUUUGGCAUGUAUAGAGGUGCAGCGGUGAACCUGACCCUUGUAACACCUGAGAAGGCUAUCAAACUGGCUGCUAAUGACUAUUUUAGACACCUUCUUGCCAAGGAAGGGGUAGGUCUGUCUUUAUCUAAAGAGAUGCUAGCAGGCUGCGGUGCUGGAGUUUGCCAGGUCAUCAUCACCACUCCUAUGGAGAUGCUAAAAAUCCAGCUUCAAGAUGCCGGGAGACUAGCAUCUCAGCAAAUUGUGAGCAGAGUUUCUUGUUCCACUUCUGGAUGCAAUCUUGUUACUGUCAACCCUGUCCUGACUAGAGCAUACAAUGUAGGACCUGUGGUUAUCCCAAGGAAGAUAUCUGCCACCCAAAUAGCAACUGAGCUUCUACAAACCCAUGGCAUCAAAGGACUCUAUAAGGGUCUCGGAGCCACCUUAUUGAGGGAUGUUCCAUUCUCUGUCAUCUAUUUCCCACUGUUUGCCCAUUUGAAUAGAGUAGGACAAGAUUCCUUAGAGGGGAAAACAAGCUUCUUUCACUCUUUUCUUGCUGGGUGCAUAGCUGGCUCAGUGGCAGCUGUAUCUGUGAACCCCUGUGAUGUAAUAAAGACUCGUCUUCAGUCAAUGGGCAAAGGAAGAAAUGAGGAGAAUUACAGUGGAAUUAUAGAUUGUGCAAGGAAGAUUUGGAUGAAAGAAGGUCCUUCAGCUUUUUUAAAGGGGGCUAGUUGCAGAGCUCUUGUCAUUGCACCUCUCUUUGGUAUAGCUCAAGUGGUUUAUUUCAUUGGGCUUGGAGAAUUUUUCAUAAAUGUAUGCCAGAAUGGGAAACUGUCCCCAUAGACUUUCAUUCAUUGAAUCUCCUGGAAUAUAAUCACAAGAACCCAACUAUCAAGAAACAAUAGCAGCUCAGUCUAUUGACAACUGGUGUGUUGUUUUUUCUGUUAUUAAGCAUGAAAAAGACAAAGCCUUUAUAAAGACACCAGUCAUAAAACACCAUCUAAAAUAGGGGUAUAUCUGAGUUUAUGAAACAAGAAUUCCAAGAGUGGAAUGAGAAUAACUACUUUGGAUAAGUGGAAGGUUGAAGGAAUAUCUAAGGAAAUGUUUUGUGUAUAUAAACAGAACAGGAAGAGAAAGAACUAUCUGUGGGGCCAAAUCUUUGCUGAAAUGUUGAAAAGUGAAUUAAGCAUUUAGUUUUUCUUGGGGUUCCAUAGAUGCUGUUAAUCUAACCCACUUGCUGUCUUUCCAGCUGUAUGUCUGCUAGUGUCUCACUCACUUAAUUGGGAACAAAGGUGUAUGAAUUUUUAUAGAUUGCGUUUUUAACUUUACCUACACUAAAGAAUUUGAUUCCUGUGGUAACUUAAUACAAAAUAAUCCAAAUAUUACCAGCAAAGUAGACUAGUUCCUUAAAUUUAUUAUUUUAAAAGUUAUAAGUCAUUAAUAAAAAAUGGAAAAUGUGCCAUUUAGAAUCAAGUACAGUAUAAUUUAAGACUUCAGGGAAGAAAUGGUGAACCAAAAGUACUGUAGCUCCGCUGAGAGCAAAGCCAAUCACUGCUGUGGAAUGAAGGGCCAGUGAGCGGACCAGUUCUUCGCAAUUCCUUUUUGGACAAGGAGGACUUGGGAUCAUCCACAAGUGCUCCAGAUAGUUGUUCCUUGUGAGGAGACAGCAAGAGCUUUACCUGGAGAGUUUUCAGGUCAGAGAGACAAGGAACACUAUCUUAGCCUUAACUGCAGUAGACUCUUUUAUGAAUACAGGACUUGCAUAAUUUGUUUUUUAAUAACUUUUGGAAAUUUCUUGUUAUCUGCUUUUCAGCUAUUAAAAAUCUUUGGAACAAUAUGUUUUAUAGCACCAGGUGGAUUUCCUUCAAUUCUUAACUAAGUUUUACAUACAAGUUAUUUGAUUCUUUUUUGGGAGGGAGUAAUCAGUGAAAAGGUGAUUAGAACGUUGUUUUUUGAAAGUUACAAACAUACUAAGGGUCCAGAUGGAUUUCAAAUAAAAUUUUGAAAUAAGAAUCAUUCUCAUGGAAAAAUGCUGUUAUCUUGAAUUGAUAGGAUUUUUGAAGGUUUUACACUAUAGAGGGAAACAGAAGAAACUAAAGAUUACAAUUAAAGAUUAAUACUUAAAUUUUACUUACUAAUACAGAAUGGAGCACAAUACUUUCACAUUGGUCAUGUUAAAGGAUAUUUGUGAAUAAUAUACUCAGAAGUUUAAGUUUAGGGGUGCUUGUAUUAUAGAUAGACUGUGUUUAAAAGAUGUAAGUGGAACAAGUUUUACUGGAAAAGAUUAAGGCUGAUUUGAAAGUGGAUUUAAAAAUGACAGACUACAAGAAUGAUGUGGAAAAAGAUGCUACCCUAAAUAUACAAAUGAAACCAGCUGUUGUCUUUACAAUUAAAGGAGAUAUACAAAUAAGAAACCAAAAUAAUGAUGUCGAUAACUUUCCUAUCCUAUUGGAUUUACAAAAGAGGAUUGUUAGUUUUGAAGACUUUUGUGAGAAAGGCAAGAAAAAAUGAACUCAAAUUCUAGAACUCUCUGAAUGGAUUAAAGAGCAAGAUUGUUGAAAGUAAAAGGAAGGAAUAUUAAGUUGAUUUAUUUCAUCAAAUUUAAAACAGAUAUGUUAUCUUCAGUAACCCUUAAUGGACUUGUUGAUCAGGAUGGAAAGAUGAAGUUUUAAGAAUUUGUUUAUAAAUAAGAGAUGAGAUACAGGAAGAAGAGAUCACUUAUUUCAUUUUAAGAGAAGGUAAUAAGUUACAAAAAAUGCUUAUAUUUGUGAUAGAGGAGGAAGUCAUUUCUUUUUUUUUCUUUUCUAUUUUUCUAUUCAUUUUCUUUUUUUCAGUUUGUAUUAGUGUUUAUCUUUUUAAUUAUAAUAUUUAAUAAAAUUACUAUAAAAAAAGAACCAAGUGUAAUUUAACUGGAUUAUUGAUAUUAUUAUUGUUGAUUGUACAAUAAACUGCUAAGCAUUUUUUUAAAAAACAGGCUUUACAUUCUAGCUGUUAUAGAUCAUUUGUCAUUGACCUUGUCUAAGAAAGUGCAAGAGUAUGGGGGAUCAUUCUUUCCAAAGACCUAUAUGUAGAUUUCGGAACAUUAUGUGCCUUGCGUUAUAUCCCUGCACUUAAUCGACUACAAUAAGUUUGAGAUAGGAUUGGGAGUUUGAGAAGAGAUCACAGUCAGGUAGUGUGUUCCAAGCGUUAACAACUCUGUUAUAAAAGUCAUAUUUUCUGCAAUCAAGAUUGAAGCGGUUAAUAUUAAGUUUGAAUCUAUUGUUUGCUCUUGUAUUAUUGCAAUUGAAGCUGAAGUAGUCUUUAACAGGAAGGACAUUGCAAUAGAUGAUUCUGUGUGUUAAACACAGGUCUUGUCGGAGUCAGCGGAGUUCUAAAUUUUCUAAUCCCAGGAUUUCAAGUCUGGUGGUAUAAGGUAUUUUGUUGUUUUCAGAGGAGCGGAGAACUCUUCUUGUAAAAUAUUUCUGGAUGCGUUCAAUUGUAUUAAUGUCAGAGAUGUGGUAUGGGUUCCAGACAGGUGAGCUGUAUUCAAGAAUAGGUCUAGCAAAUGUUUUGUAUGCUCUGGUUAGUAGUGUAGAGUUUUUGGAAAAGAAGUUAUGCAAAAUUAGGUUUACAACUCUUAGAGCCUUUUUUGCUAUGUAGUUGCAGUGGGCUUUGGCACUUAGAUCAUUUGAUAUGAAAACUCCAAGGUCUUUAACAGGGUGGGGGUCA